AUGGCCAACCGAAAAGAUUCGGCUUCCAAGCCCGUCAUUGUCAUCGUUCCUGGCUCAUUCUCCCCAGCCUCGCUUUACCAAAACAUCAUUGACGAGCUCCAGGCCGCAGGCUAUGAAGCAACCACCAUCGAUCUUCCAACCGUCGGGGACAGUAAGAAGGCAUCCGGAGUGACAUUGAAUGAUGAUGCCGUCGCCAUUCAAGGCGUCCUCGCAGAAUUCGCCGAUGAGGGCAAAGAUAUUAUCUUGGUCACCCACUCAUAUGGCGGUAUUGCAGGAGCCGAGGGUGCUAAAGGGUUUGCAAAGAAGGAUCGAGAGGCGGGUGGAAAGAAAGGCGGCAUCGUUCGUAUGGUCUACGUUACUGCUCUCGUGGCACAAGUGGGACAGUCUUUGACGGACGUCAUGGCCCCUUACGCUCCUUCCCAACUGCAGGUAAAGGAUGGCCACAUGACCCUCGAUCCACUCCCGAAUACUCGUGCUUGUUUCCCAGAACUCUCUGAAACGGAAGGUCUCAAAUGGACUGCAAGGAUGCCAGGACACUCUGCCACCAGCUUUACAGACAAAGCUACAUAUCCCGCCUAUAAGUUUAUUCCAAUGUCGUACAUGCUCUGCGAAACAGACUUAGUCAUUCCUCCCAAGUACCAGAGAAGUAUGGUGGAAAUGGUGGAAAAGGAAAGUGGAAGACCGGUAGACGUUCACUCUUAUGCUAUUGGACACGCUCCCAACGUGACUAUGCCAGAAGCUAUGGUGGAGACAAUUCGACGUGCGGCCGGUGAGGUGCUUUGA